AUGUCGGUUUCUACAACUUAUAUUCGAUUUAAUGCUCGAUGGUCAAAAAGAUCAAAACGUGCAAGAUGUUUAAAAAGUUUUGCGUUAUUCAGGACGUUACUUACCUUAACAGUUUUUGCUGGUAUAACUUUUAUUAUGAUCUGUGAUAUUAGACUCAAUGUUAGGGUUUAUAUGAGAGAUUGGAUUACGCAUGAAGAAUUUAAACAUGAAAAUUUAAGCAGAUGUUUUGAUAACAUUCCUAAUAGACCAGAACCAACAAUCCUUUAUAAUGAUAUUCUAACUAACAUACCUCUCACAUAUGGUUGGGAUUGUUACGAUUUUGCCAAAAGUAUAAAGUUAAAGCCUGGCCAACCUCGAGAACAUACAAUCUACCAUGCUUAUUGGCGUGCAGAUCUACGACCUUUUGGUGAUAAACAAAUCGCUACGUUAAAAUCUUUCUUCGCUACCCAGGAUGAAAAAUUUUCUUCACUUAUUCUUUGGACUAAUGGAAAUAUUUCGACUAAUCCAUCUCUUAAACCAUUAUUUGAGCGUUAUUCCAAUCGAUUCGCAAUAAAAUAUUAUGAUGUGAUUAUAGAAAGUAAAGGAACUCCUAUGGAGAGUUCACGAAACCUUCAGCUUAAUGAUAAAAAAGCAUAUCUAGAUGGUGAUUUGAUUCGACUCCUUGUUUUAUAUAAAUAUGGUGGAAUAUGGUUUGAUAUGGAUUCACUUUUUGUACGUGACUUUUCUCCGCUCAUAGAGCAAGAAUGGCUUGGCCAAUGGGAUUGUUUUAUGCCAAAAGGUUAUCCUUUUAACGGUGCUUUUAUGAGAUUUCGAAGGAAUUCUCCAUAUUUAUGUGAAUUUCUUUCUGAAAUGGCUAGUGGUCCAGCUCCUAGUAAAUCUUCAAUUGAUUGGGGUGGAAAACUUUAUUAUAAAAUUUUUAGGCGUUUAAUUCAAAAUGGAAAGAAACCAUUUGGAAUGAUUCCUUGGUGCUUUACUGAUUCUCAUUUAUGUAAUCCGUUUAAUUCGAUGCCUAACGCAUUUGAAGAGGCGAAAUUCGAUAAGGAGAGAUUAUUACAAGUAUUUGCAUAUCAUUGGCAUAAUCAAUGGGAUAAAGAAAAAGGAAGUUUAUUUAAAUUUCUGGAACAAAGGAAUAAUGAAAUUCUAGGAUUUUAG